AUGAAGUCCUCCGAAGCAGUUCAUAGAAACUUAAAUGGAGAUGAAGAGCGGUUUUCCCCAGAUGAAAAUGUCGGAGACACCUCCUCCCGCUCCGCAUCCAAUACCGCAGCCACCUGUUCUCACGAACCCGGACAAGGCCUCCUCCAGCGCGGUCGCAUUUCAUCGCUUAUCCUUGCCAUGGCGGCUCUGCGCCUCGACAACAAGAGGACGGAGGAGAUAGUAAAGAGAGAAUACGAGGUGCUUGGUCCAAUUAGAAGAACGCAAGCGCCUCAGCAUGUAGUAGGUCUGGAUAGCGAAUAUGUAUUUGUGGAUUAG